GAACCGUCAAAGUCGUCCAUAUGACAGAUUCAAGGUUGCAAAAGAGCUGUGCUGCUGAAUAACUCUUUUCAAGAAUAAAUGAAUAGAUUUUCAUCACCAUAUAUCUAAGCAGAAAAAGGAGAUAUAUCGAUUGAAAACAGUUGCACUUGUAAAUUGAUAAAUAUCAUCGUUUGCAGUGAUAGUUGAUAACAAUAUUAGCUUCGACAAAAUGAUUGUUUGUUGGGCCCAAGAAUCAGCAGCAUAAAUAUGGUGACAAUGUAGAUCCAUUGUGUACAUCGUUUGCGAAAAAUAUUCAGAAUUGCUCGUGAACGGUGAAGAAAUCAUCCAAACGUGAAGCCAAAAUAUCUAAUCGGUGAUUUUGCUUGGGCAAACAAAAGGUCGUGUAAGGGUCGUUCACAGGAUUCGACAUCUUGGCUGUCUGCCUGCCUGCCUGUAUCUCAAGUGAAAAGUGAGUGUGAGAUUCUACAAAUCCGCAAAAGCCAUGAAUGUCGAAGUGAAUCGGGUCCGCACUUACCGAAGAUGGGAUGACUCCCAAUGGGUGGGAGAAGAUGGACUCGAAUUGGCCAAAGCAGGGUUCUAUGCUACGGAAAACUACCUGAACGUCAAAUGUCACUUCUGUGGAUUGAUUAUCUUCGUUGGAAGUUCUGUGUCGAGUAUUGGUACCAGACAUCGAGAGCUCAGUCCGAAUUGCUCUUUCCUGCUACACCCAGAUCGAACCGACAAUGUGCGUUGUUUCGACGCUGCCGAAUUGAAGCGUGAAGAUUGUCGUUUGGCUACAUACGUAAACUGGCCUGUUUCGCAUAUUAGUCCCAACUCAUUAGCCAAGGCUGGCUUCUAUUAUACGCACAUCUCGGAUCAGGUUAAAUGCGCCUGGUGCGAAGGAAUAAUCGGUCAAUGGGAAGUUGGAGAUGAUCCAUUUGUAGAGCAUCAGAAAUUCUUUCCAGAGUGUGCAAAGGUAAUUGCGAACAACAUUAGUUCGAACCCCACCUUAGAUCCCAGCAUAGGCAUACAACCUGUCAAAACUCCGUACGCUCCACGGUUCAGCUCUCUGGAUUCACGGAUAAGAUCGUUCGAAAGUUGGACCACAGGGCACAUCCAAGACCCAGAACGUUUGGCCCAAGCUGGCUUCUACUAUUUGGGAACAGCAGAUGAAGUUCAUUGUUUCUACUGUGAUGGUGGGCUUCGGUUUUGGCUGGCUGACGAUGAUCCGUGGUUUGAACAUGCGAGAUGCUUUCCAAAGUGUCAGUUUGUUCAGUUGGUCAAGGGACAACUAUUUAUUGAGAAUGUUCAAAGCCAGAUAAAGAACACAAGCUCGAACCAACAUCAAUUACAGCAACAAAUGCAGCCUAGUGAGCAGGUAGUGGCAACCAUGACUCUCGACGAAGCAUUGACCACAGAACCAGUUCAGUUAGCAUUGUCAAUGGGGCUGAACGCUGGUCGCAUAAGGUCUGUUACUAAACGGAAGCUGGAAACAACAGGUCAACCAUACUCCGAUUCUCAGGCACUGAUCGAAGCAGUUCUGGAUGGUCAAAUUCAAGACGAAGAACUUGAACCCACCACCUCAUCUCGAAUGGAUCGUCGGAUAGAGAAUGAAGUAUCUCGUCUACUAUGGAGCGCAAUCUCUUCGAGUGCAGGCCCUAAUCUGUCAUCCUUCAGUUCAACUUUUUCAACACCGUCACCUUCCUUCGAUUCUGUUUCGGGAGCUGAUGCAGAUCUGAUCGUUGAUCCCAAUCCCGUACUGUCACCGUCUACCUCUACCAGCGCAGUCCAAAAUGGCUCCACCCUGUCUACUGCGGACAGCAAAAUCGUACCUGACUCUUUGGCCAAGAUGGCGGCUGCGGCAAGUUCUGUUGAAGCUGAAGAGGGCGACAAAACUCUACGCUUAGAAGAGGAAAACAAACGACUAAAGGAUGCUCGCGAGUGCAAAAUCUGCAUGGCGGAUGAAGUUGGAGUGGUAUUCUGUCCAUGUGGUCAUCUAGUUUCUUGCGUGCAGUGUGCGCCGGCGGUAACGAAUUGUCCGGUGUGCCGAGCUGUGAUUAAAGGACGGGUUCGCACUUUUUUAUCAUAAAUUUGGGAUCUUGUUGCAACUUGGUUUUUGUUGCAAUUUGGAAUCGUCAUUUGUAAUCCAAUACCGACAAUGGAAGGUCAUGAUGAUAUGAUACUUCUGGAUACAUUGAAACUAUGUUAUGUAUCAGCGUAGAAUUUAAUGGCGAAUUUUCACAUCAAUAGAGUGCAGGCGUACUAAUGCGUUUGAUUAUAGAGUGGAUUAUAAUUUUCCUGUCUGUAGUGUGCGCAUAGUAUUCACUGUUGUACCAGGUUCGCAGAUACAAUAAAUUAUUGUACAGGUUUA